GACAGAGACUCUGUUGUGGAACUGGGUAGUAAAGUAACUUUAACAGUAUAGUAACUGAGGAGUAACUGUCCAGAAUGAAGAUACUCCAUGUUGUCUCCUGCUGUCUCCUCUCAGCUCUGUGUGUUGUGGGGUCAGCUGUCACUAAGGAAGUGGUAGGAGGACAAGUCACUGUGGGCUGCUCGUUCACUUUGGCAGGGAACAACAACAAAUACUUCUGCAAGGGGACAUGUUCUGGUAGAGACAUUCUGGUUGAAACUAAUGGGAGCAAGAAUGUAUCUCAAGGUAGAUACAGUAUAGAAGACAACAGCAAUGGAGUCUUCUAUGUGACCAUCAAGAACCUGAUGAAGACAGACUCUGGGACCUACUGGUGUGGAGUGGGGAGAUAUGGUCCAGACUCAUACCAAGAGGUGAAUCUCACAGUUACAGAUGCUCCUCCCACUUCUACAACCUCAACUGUCACCUCCAGACCCCAUGUCUCUACAACCCUUCCAAACCUCUCUACAACAUCCUCUAACCUCUCCACAACCCUCCCAGACCUCUCUACAACAUCCCCAAACACCUCCUCAACCCUCCCAAACCACGUCAGUGGUCGCCUAUCAAGAGCUGGUCUGAUGGUGUGGACCAGUGCUGGUCUGGUAGUCAUGGUGACAGUGUUAGGACUGGUCCUGCUCCUGUUCUACAGACAGAGGAGUGGAACCAGGAGAACACCACCACCACCACCAGUCUCCUCCAACACACAACCCGACCCUACUGGAGAGGUUGACUGUGUGUACGAGGAGAUCAGAGAGGCAGACAGACAGACAGACACACUUCCUGUGGUCAUCUCUGUAGUCUACUCUACUGUCAAAUCACCUAACAACUCUACAACCUACCCUACUGGCCAAGCCUCUACAACCUACCCUGCUGACCAAGCUUCUACAACCUACCCUGCUGGCCAAGCCUCUACAACCUACCCUGCUGGCCAAGCCUCUACAACCUACCCUGCUGGCCAAGCCUCUACAACCUACCCUGCUGGCCAAGCCUCUACAACCUACCCUGCUGGCCAAGCCUCUACAACCUACCCUGCUGGCCAAGCAUCUACAACCUACCCUGCUAGCUCUGCCACAGAUGAUAUAAAUCCAUAUUCUACUGCAGAACGCCCAGAUUCUCUCAUCUACUCCAAUGUGGAUCUACCUACAGAUUCUAGAGUCUCUUCAAGUCCUCCAACUGCCAGUGGAACCCAGGAUGAUUCCAUCUAUUCUACAGCCCAGCUACCCAAAGAUACUGUAGAAUCUACAAGAGACCCUGCUGUACACCUCUCUUAAGAAACUCCAGAAGAUGCCCUCUACUCUACAGCCCAGCUACCCAAAAUAAUGUAGUACUAUAGAAUAUAUACAAGGAAUGUGUCCCAAAUGACACCCUAUUAUCUAUCCCCCAUAUGGACCCUGGUCAAAGGCAGUGCUCUAUAGGGAACAAGGUGACAUCUGGGAUGAAGAGAAGCUCCCUGUAGAGAGAUGAAGGGUUGUCACCACAGAGCCGCCAUCUUGGAACGACAUAAAAAAAACAAUCCCUUUCCUGUUUCAAAUCCUCCUUGACACAUUGUUUUAAAACAGCUCAUGUGGUUUUAUUGAAUAUAAUGUAA